AUGGAGCUCGUCAAGGUUCACCGUUUCAUGCUAGCAAUAUUUCUGUCUGUCGCAAUAAUGGUUGCAAGCCAACAUGAUACCGACUACAACAACGAGAAGAUUCCAGAAGCUUCCUGGACCUCAAUGCCCGAUUCUCUCAAACAGCUCCUUACCCAAACCUGGUCUGAGGAGAAGAUCCCCUCCGCAAUCGUCGGUCCCGGCGGCCUCAAUGUCCACGCCGGCACGCCGGGCGCCGGCUCCAACGUACACGUCGGAGUCGGCGGCGUCAGCGUCAGAACCGGCGGGCCUGGCCAGCGCAGAAGCGUCGACGUCAACCCGAUUCCGACCAAGGGCAUAACAGUCCAAACUCCCAGAGGCGCCGUUCGGGUCCACGUCGGCGUCAACCCCUUCCAGUACGGCAUCGUCGCCGACGACAAGGACCUCCGCGACAAUCCCAUGGCGUCGCUGUUCUUCUUCGAGAAAGACCUCCGGCCGGGCAACAAAUUGAACGCCCAAUUCGUCGAUUCCGACGCCGCGCCGGUUGCGUCCUCGCCGGAAUAUUCCGACUGCGAGAGGUCGGCGCGAUCGUCGUCCGACGAGGGCGUCUGCGCGAAUUCCCUGAAAUCGAUGGCCGAUUUCGCCGUUUCCAAGCUGGGGAAAGAUGUUCAGGCGAUGACGACGGCGGUGGAGGAUUCCGGCGAGAUGAAGGAGUACGAAAUUGUGGCGGUGAAUAAAAUGGACGGCGACCAAGGGGCGGUGGCGUGCCACCUCCAGGAUUCUGCGUAUUACUGCCACGUGGCGAACCCUACGGUGGCGUAUCAGGUGUCGAUGGUGGGCGGCGACGGAUCCAAGGCGGAGGCGGCGGCGGCGUGCCACGAGGACACGUCGGAAUGGAACCCUGAGACUUUUGCUUUGAAGGCGGUGAAGGCGGAGCCCGGCGAGGAAUCCGUCUGCCAUUUCAUGCCGAUGGGUGACGUGGCUUGGGUUUCUAGGCACUAGACUGGAUUAUAGGACUAUAACUACCUAGGGUUUCGAGACGACGUCGUUCCGCUACCUUAAUAAAUUAAUUAAUAAAUAAAUAAAUUCGUUGUGAAUUCAGGCAUAAAUCUCAUUGGUGGUUAUAGGAUAAUAC